UGAGCAUGGAUGGUUGACAGUACACACGCAAGGAGAGAGAGAGCAUCGUGCAUGUCUGCACAGAUGGAUGGAUGAUCACACACAUGCAAGCCAUGUUUGAAGUGAAGUGAUCAUGGUGGCAGGCAGGCAGGAGGGAGGUAGUGGGAUGGACAGCACCCACACUUCCUUCCGUCCCCCGCCUUCCUGGCUCUCGCUGCCGUCCGUGUCUGCGUGGCUGGCUGCAUGUGCGCUAGCCGUCUUCCUCCAUCCCCCUCCCUACCUCCCUCCCCUCCCUCUCUCCCUCCCUCUCUCUCUCAAUCUCUCAAUCUCUCCCUCUCUCUGUCUAACGAAUUGCUGCCCUUGCCUUGGCUGCUGGCUAUUGGCAAUGAAUGACACACACGUGUGUCAUGGAGCUACAACAAUCAGACAGACUGAGUAUGUACAACCAUACAAACAGACGGCAUCACCCAGCAUCCCAUCAACCACCCAACCGCCCCCCCCUUCCCCGUCUGUCUGUCUGUCUAUCGCAUCCGCUCGCUAGUCUACAAGUAAAAAUUGGUGCAAUUGAGGUGCUUGUGGGGCUUGUCCCACUUCAACGCGCCACUGAUGUACUGCAACAACCUAACACACACACACACACACACGCGCGCACGCACGAGUCCAUCGUGUAAUGCACUCAGUGUGUUGGCUCUUAGCAUGCCCACUUCUCUGCCAUCUUGACGGGAGCCGGCACCUUGAUGCCCUCAUCCCGCUCUGACACACACAGACAUCCACAUAAACACAUGGACACACACGUGGUGUGUGUGGCGAUUCGUUCUUGCUACUGCACUGACUGUGGAAGUUCUGAUAGCUCAUCGUCAGCAGGUGCGUGUAGAUGUACAGGUUGGGCACUGACACGCCUGCAGCACACACACAGCUGCAGACAGACAUGGUGGGCGUCGCCCUCCCUCUUUUGGCCCUUUCCCCGCCCACACACCGGUGUUGUUGUACAGCACGUGGUAGAGCGUUGGUGUGGGGCACGAGCCAGGGGGGGCUCGGCCGUGGUAGAAGUAGAAGUCCCACACGUCCCUCGACGUCACACCCGAAUCCACCACAGUACCUGCACACACAGACAGGCAGACACACAGACAAACGGAUCCAUCCACACACUCAUGCAGUCAUCCCUCCCGCGCACCCACCUGGCUGGACGCUGCCGUCGCCUCUUCGAUAGGCGUCGUGCGACCGCUUCCCGCCGUUCCCCCCAUACCCGCCCCCAUUCCCACCAUUGCCGCGCCCAUACCCGCCCCCAUAGCGGCCGCCGCGGUCGGUGGGUCGCGCCGGCGACGCGUGCGACGAGGGGUAGGUGGACGGCAGGGAGGGGGUCGUCUGGGUGCUCGUGGCGGGCGGCACGUCGCCGCCGCGGGGACGCACAUCACGGGGCUCCGACACAUGAGUGGUGAAUCUGACAGAGAAGGAGAGAUUAUUCACGUGUCGUACGCCGAUGGUUCGUUCUUUCGUCUGCACGUACCGCAUCGUGACGUGUUUGUUGACAAAGAUGAACGCGACGGUGGGGCGAGGGAACUCGUUGAGGUCCUUGGUGUGGGGCGUGAGCUUGGCGGUCGUGAGGGCCGCCUCCUCGUCCUUGCCCUGACUGAUGAGGCCGGCGAACUUGUUCUUGCGCGCAGUGAGGGCCUCGUUGGCCUUGGCGAGGGCCUCGUUGAUGCCCUCAAACACGCCGGGCAGCUCGAAACGCACACACGUAACUUUCUGACCCUCAGACACCCCUACACAUAAAACACACACAACACAUACACACACAAUGAGCGGCUGGCUGGAUGGCUGCCUUGCUCAGUGGCCCACCGCUGCGAUAAAUGAGGAUCUGGUCGGGGAGCUCCGAGUGAGUGAUGAAAUACUUCUUGCAUGCGGCUGAAGAACCACAAGAGCAUCAAGGGGCGUGUGUGUGUGGCAUGUGGCGAUCUGCUCUGCCCUGCUCACCGGUGAAGGACUCCUUGACUUUUGUCCAGUCGACGGCCGUGGCCUGAGCGCUCUCGAAGAAGUCCACCUGCAUACGUAACACACCACACACAGCAAAGGGUGAAAGGACCAGGCCAGCGAAUGUGUCAAUGUGUGUGUGGCUGAGAGAUGAGCGGAUGGGUACCCGUGACAGGUAUCUCGUGUAUUUCUCGUUGAAGGACGCCGUGAAGACCAUGCAGAUCUGCCACUUGCCGUGUACUGCACCACACCACACACACACACACACACCCCAUUCCCUCUCCCCCGUGUGUACUUGUGCGACUGUCUGAGUGUGUACCUUUGCGCCUGAUGGUGUCGAUGCCGCAGACCAUGGUCUUCUUGCGGCCCUCCACACCGUCUGGGCCGAAAUCGGGGUGCCGAUCAGCCACCUUGACGUGAUACGAGUAGCCACUCAUCUAUAUGUGCACAGACACAGACAGACAGACGUAUGAGUGACACAUUUGGUACAUCCAUCUCUGUGUGUGUGGGUGUGUGGGUGGGUGGCUGACCUUGUUGCGGAUUUUGUCGAUGACCUUCGCCUCGGCCACUCCCCAUUUCUUCUGCACCGUACUCGCCUUCAAGCACUGAUGAUCAUACUCCACACAAACACAUGGAUGUGUGCGCGUCUGUCUGGUGUCCUGUGUGUCGUCCCAUCCCCUCUAUCUACCUGGCUGGCACACACUAUGGAGUCUUGUGUCGAGUGGAGGCUGAAGGCCUGCUUGAUCUUGGCCCGGUCCUCCCCCACUGCAUCCUUCGAGCGACCGCCACUACAGACACACACACACACACACAUACAUGGCCGCAUUAAUGUGGUGUGAUGGCGUGUUCGGUUCGGUGGGGGGGGGGGGCGUACCUGUCGUCGAGUAUCCACACGAUGCACGUGAUGCCGCCGUUGAACUCGCGCACACGCUCAGCCGCCUGCCGCAGGUCGGUGUCCGUCACGCCUCGCUCGUGACUCGCCAAAUCCACCGUGUAAACUGGGUUGAACCUGACACACACACAGACACACAGGUGUAUGUGAGCAUGUCGAUAGCAGGCACACGUGUGUGUCGAGGGAGGGAGGGGCGUGUGGUACUCACGGACGGCCCGUCUGAUCGGUGUGUUCGUCGAGCAGACCAAAGCCUGCAAUCAACCAAACAAACAAACAAACAUACACCCAUACUCAGACACCAAGCUCGCAGGAACAUCAUGCUCCUCUGGUGAGGGGGUCCCUCUCUGCUUACGUUUGCCCUUGGUCAUGAGGGAGUCGACCAGUCGGCGUCGGAGGUCCGUGUGGCGGCCCUUGCACACGAACAGCGCCCUGUUGAACUUCACUGUUUGCUGCUCGUCAUCCUGGAUACACACACACACACACACACAUACACAUAUGUUGAAUGAAUGACACUCCUGCGGCGCUGCGGUGACCUCCAGGUUCUCGGUGGAAUAGCCGCUGAACAGGCUGCUCGAUAUUUGGGAGGCUUCUACUUCUACGGCACUCGGCAUCUGAACAACAGAUACACACACACACACACACACAUAUCUGUCUGAGUGUGUUCUAUGCGUGUCUGUAUGUCUGUCUGUGUAUGGUACCAUCUGCAGAUGGAACUGUCUGAGGAUCUUCUUCUCGCGCUCCACCUUGUCCAGCGCGCCCAGUAGGUCCUCAUACAUGCGGAAACGCCGAUCUGCAAACAAGAUACACCUGAAGGCUCUGUGUGCGUGUGUGUGUGUGUGUCGGUUUAUGUGUGGUACCUGGGGGAAGUCGGCAGUAGUUGUGGACGAGCUGCAUCUUCUGCCGGUUGCUCUUGGUCUCAUCAUCCAGCCCUGCACACACACGGGUCAUACGCACAUAAGCAGACCAACACACUUCCCCCGACGGCCGUCUGUGUUGGUGUGUCGCACGUUUCUGACCUGUCAGGUAGCACAGCGUGGUGGGGAUGAAUAUCUCCUUGCCGUUGCGAAUGCUCUUGACAAAUGGCUGUCUGCUCGGGGACAGGUACUUGUCCGCCGACACGCCACGGAGACGGCUGUAGUGCUGCACACACAGGUACACGAACAGACAUGCGAAGAGGGCUAUGUGUGUUCUUUUGUGUGUUGCGCGACAGCUGACCUGGCUAAAGUAGUCAAAGAACGUGACGAAGUCGUUCGUGCGGUUGUUCAUGAAGCCAUCUUUCUUCAGAUCUUUCUCAACCAACUGCAAAUCACCCGUCACACACGCACACACACACACACAGACACACACACACACACACACAGAGGUGGGAGAAACAUAUGGAUGCACGCGGCCUCCUUCUCGCUUCUCACUCCGUCGAUGCGAUACCACUGGUCCGCAUGGUCUGACAUCACCCACAGAGAGAGAGAGAGAGAAGCGACACAUACAUGAAAGCAGCGUGUCGUGUGUAUGCGGCGUGUUCGGCUGUGUGUCUUACAUGUGACCACGCCACGCCCCUCAUACAACUCGCCGAGCACGGCCAGGUUGGCGGCCUUCGACGAGCUACCUGCACACACAUGGACGGCAACGGACAAGAAACCGUGUGUGGCCUCUCUCUCUCUCUCCCUGUGUGUGUGUGUGUGUGUGUGUAUGUGUGCGUGUGGGAUGUGAGCUGACGCAUUGCAGCCUGCAGUAUCUCGUAGACCGGGGCCUCCUUGAUGCAGAUGUGCUUCACAUCAAGCUGAACACCAACACACACCAACACACACACACGUGUCUGUGGUGCCCUCCCUCCCUCCCUCCCUGUUUCCCUCACUCCCCCGCCCGCCACCCCACCUGCAGCACGGGUCCUCUCAUGGUGGCGAUGGUGGUGAGGAUCAUGCCUCGGCACACGCGGAUGGAGUGCUGGUCCGGGGUGCUGCGCUCCGGCUUGAGAGUGCACACGGGGGCUGCAAAGUCGAAGUACACCCCUCUCACACCGCAACGCUGAACCAGACCAUCACCACCACGCCAUCACAACCACAGAUACAUGCCAUGCAGCGCAUACGUGUUAUGGUGUCGUGUUCACCUUUGACUUGCGCGCCAGGGCCUUGAACAGGUUGUCGAGGUACAUACGGCCCUCCUGGCUCCUCAUCACACCGAAAUCAGCUGCACAGCACACCCACAAAGAGAGAGAAGAGAGGGACCAAAGACGCACACGUUCGUCGAGGUGUGUUUGUGUGGUGCGUGUGGUUUGGUGGGUUACGUACGGCAGAAAGACUUACCAACGUCGAGUUUCUUGACGCGCGUGAAUGUGAACUCGUACUCGACGUCCAUCUCAUCGCUACGCAUCGCGGGCUUCUGCAGGACACACCGAGAGAGGGAGGGAGGUGAAUGCGUCAUGUGUGCGUGUUUCCCUCCUUUCAUCCCUCGUGUACGUACGAGUUUGAGUGUGGCGGUAACCUCGAGCUGCUGGCCGGGAAUGGCGGCUGCGAUGAGCUGGCGGCCGGUGGGCACGAUGUACUGGCUCUUCAACGCCUGCUCCACCUGAGAAAGCCAUCCAUCCAUCCAUCCAUUACAGAGAGAGAGAGAGAGAACCAUUACAGAGAGAGAGCGGUGACACACACACACACACACACGCGCGUAAAAUAACAGAGAGGAGGGAUGGUGCAUCCAUCACCUUCUUGGCGCUGCGAGCGACGGCCGUCCGCAUCUGGAAGGAAACCUCCUGAAUGAGAACAAAUAGUACGCACUUGCGCUCCUGACCUUCGCCAGACACAAGCCACUUACUUUCUCGUUGUACGCGUCGAGAUCCUCGGCCUUGACGUCGUACAACACCCACUCCGCUCCAUGGCACUGCUGGAGCUCGAAACAGUUGCUUUUGAGCCUCACCUGCACACACUCAGACAGGAGGAGCACAGAUUCCAAAGAAACGGCCUCUCUGCAGAUGAAUCUCUCGUGCCUUAGCGAAGUUCUGGCGGUUUGACACAUGUGCAGGCUGCUGCGGUGCACCAGGUGCACUUGCAGGGAAGCCUGCGACGCUCUCUGGCGGUGGAGGGACGGCGCCGGCGGGGUCAGCAGCAGCAACCGCGCUCGAGGACGGCUGCUGGAAACUCAUCAGUGAGGAGAUAUCUGGGGAGCAAAUAUCAGGC